UUCACCACACCCCCAUAGAUUCGGCGCCGUCGCACCCACCACGGGACAACGCUUGUAACAGCGAACCGCUUCGAUACACAUAAACGAACAACAGCCUCUUACACAACCCGUUAUCGCAAUCAUGGCUCCGGGAAAGUGGGACGACGAAGAGUCGGAGAGCACGCCUCCCUCCUCGCCGCCCGUCAUUGCCCGCCGCAGCAAAUUCGACGAUGAAGAAGACGAGGAUGUCCUAGAAUCCUGGGACGCCGCCGAGGACUCGGAAGUCGAGCGCGAGAAGGCGAAGAAGGCCGCCGAAGCAAAGGCCAAAGCCGAGGCGGAAGCAAAGGCAAACCACAAGUCCAAAGCUCAGCGCAUCCAGGAGCGGAGAGAAGAAAACAUGCGCCGCCGCCAGAUGGAAGAAGAGGAGUCGGACGAGGAGGAGGAAGACGAGGCGACCCGUCGCGCACGCCUCCGCAAAACCGAGCAGGACGCUGACCUCGCCCAUGCUGAAGAUCUCUUCGGCGACCUCGGCAUCAGCAACAGGCGCGCCGGUAAGCCCAUCACCGUUGCAGACGACAGUGAUCCCACCAAGGCCGUGGACCUCGGCGCUCUCCGCAUCUUCAACCCCAGGAACAAGGAAGAGUUCGUCAAGCUUAGGGAGACGCUUGUGCCACUGCUUACCGCACACACCAAGAGCCCGCAGUACACACUCUUCCUGCAGGAGUUUACUAAGCAGAUUGCCAAGGAGCUCCCCAGCGACCAGAUCAAGAAGAUUGCCAGCGGCCUCACGACGCUGAGCAAUGAGAAGAUGAAGGAGGAGAAGGCGGCUGAGAAGGGUGGUAAGAAGACCAAGGCGGCCAAGACCAAGACCAGCCUGGUGGCCUCGCGGGCUGCGGUCGACACGAAUGCCUAUGAUGACGACUUUGGAGAUGACGACUUCAUGUAAACCGGAUUAGACUACAUGUGGAGCUUCAGAUUUUCUUCGAAAAAGUUCAAUUUUUCUCGUUCCAGCGAUGCAUAGAGCACGCAGAUGCUGGUCGGCAUCGGCGAGCUCCUUUCUCAGCAUGCGCGAUGUACAGUCUGUCUUGUGCACGUAUCUCUGAACUUCGGCGUUUCGGGUUCUCUUCUGCAGUCUCAUGGAGUUCGCCUUUGGACGUUGCGCGAGGAUAUCCGGAUGGGUGCUUGCAUUGAGCCUCUUUUGGAAGAGGGGUAGGGUAUGGAUGGGGGAGGUGAGGAGAUGAUAUGGAUCAUGGGAUGGUACAUGCAAUGGCCAUGAUAAUAGAGACGCAUUAAUGAGGAUGUAUACUUUCCUACAUCCCUAUUUGCUUCAAGUGUUCGUGUCGCUUGUGGAUGUUGCCGCAUGCCAGCAUCUAGAUUAUGAGGAACUGUAACAGUCGGAUAAGUAACC